ACAUGGAAAAUCAAACUGAGAUGAUCAUGUACAUAAAUAUACAUUAAAUAUCAAUCAGAUGCGCGUUACUAUGGCAACGGGAACGUGCGGUUUGUGGUCUGUAUUUGUGUAAUGUAAGAAGUUUAUCACCUGUGUCUAUUUUUUCGGUUACAGUGUCAAGUACAAUCUGUAGCGAGGCGUUCGAGCGCAAUAUAAGCUGCUGUUCUUUUCUUAAAGUAGUCUAAAACAGCGCAUGUGAUGGCGAGUACAGCGACAGACCAAAAUACAACGUUUCAAAUCCGACCUGAUUUAAAAGACAAAUUCCGGAGCACUGUGGUUCGAGAAAUCAUCCACAGCACACUUGUAGAACAGCUCACUGGGUUUGUGUAUAAUGCUGAGGCUGGAGAGGAGAUGACCAAGCAAAUAGCAGAUUUACUGAGAAAUAAAUUGCUUGAAUUGAAUCUUCCCCGCUACAAGUUUCUAGUCAAUGUGGUUAUUGGAGAACAGCGAGGAGAAGGGGUCAAAGUGGGCGCCCGUUGCCUUUGGGAUGCGGAUGCUGAUAGUUAUGCCUCAGACGUAUUCCUAGCGGAAACUUUCUUCUGUUCAGCAGCCGUUUUUGCCAUCUACUUCUACUAGCUUUGGAAAAAGUUGCUAUGGAAGUUUUUGUCUUAUGAAGAAACGUGAUGUGAAAACUUUGGUGCAUGGUUUUAUAUUUUCCAAAGAAGAAAGUUACAGUUUAUAGGAUUCAUUAGUAAAUUCUAGUUUCUAGGGCUGUGACAUUAAUAGGUUUUCUAUGAUGUCAUUUCAUAUUUAAUAGCUUUGCCUAUACAGACUAUUCCAUACUAAAUGCGGGCCUCAUUUCUUUUAGUGUUCUUUGAAUGAUCUGAUCAACCUGUCUUAGGAAAGCAAAAUGUAGGACUUUAGCCCCUCCCCAAACAUUUGCUGCAGUGAUAGAGGCACUCAUUGCAAAUGGUUUAUUAAACAUCUUUUUUCUUCUUCUUUCUUUCAUCUUCUUCUUCUUCAUUUUCUUCUGCUUCUUCUUCUUCUUCUUUUUCUUCUUCUUCUUCUUCUUCUUCUUCUUCUCUUCUUCUUCUUCUUUUUUGAAUUAGUAAUAUGAAUUUGGUUAGUGUAAACCUAAACAAAAUUUGUGUCAUCCAGUUUGAUGCAAUUUUUUGUCUGGUUUUCAUGUUUGUUUUCAGUAUACCUCUCUUUUCUGGUUCUUGCCAUUUACAUGAUGUUACAGAGAUUUUAAGUUGUUAAGUAUCUACUGAGAAACUGAAUAUCUGCAGUGAUGUGAAUACUUGUUCUUAGGUUAAAGAAUACUGAAUGUGCCAGUUGUAAAGUGUGUCCAGUGUUUUAUUUAGUUUCCAGUGACAAGUAAUUUGGUAAGUACAGUAACAUUCUGAUGAAAACUGGCUAAUUUGUAAAUAUGUCAGGGAAAUCUAGUCAUGUUUUGGUUUUGUUUUGUUUUUCUUCUUCUUUACAAAGACCAUUCAUUGAAAUACAUUUGUAUCAGAAUGAUUAGAGAUACUUUCAUCUUGAAAAUACCUUAGGGCAUUAAGAAUUUGUUUUAUGUAGAAAAGAUUUUCUCAUUUGUAACUGAAUGGGCCUUGGGGAAAACUAGUUUCUGUAGAAUUUAUGCUAUCUGUCUGUCUAGUAUAAAGAAGUAGAAAGAUUAAGUAUUUGGGAAUAUGGUAUAGUAAUCCCAUGAUUCAUUGAGAAUAUUUGUUGAGCUAUUUUCUAUAUUUUUUUCUUUCAAAUUUACUCACUCUACAGUAGUGUUUAUUAAAGGACUGUAAUGUUUUUUUUAUACAAUGCUGCAGUAUAUUUCAUUGUAAAUAAAGCAUUCCUAAAGAACUUUUCUCCAAUAGCAAUUGUUUUAUCAUAUAUAUUCUUAUUGGAAAGGCCCCUAAGUCAAAAGAUAAUACAUUUUGGAACUUCUAAAAUAGAAAUGGUAGGAUUGAUAAUAUUAUUUAGAACCUUUUUUUUAAAGUUAGAUCUAGAUAAGUAUUUGUGCCAUUACUGACAUGUCUUUCAAGUGUUACCAAGUAAUAGCUAUAUAGAACACACUAUAUCUUUAGUUCAGAAUAUUGCACUUUCCAUACCAUCCCUUGGAUUAUCACCAGUCUUACUAUGAUAUAUGCAAACUUUAUGUUACAUUAUUUUUACAAAAGUUUGACUUGGUUUUGUACAUACAUAUAGUGUGCAGUAUGGAUAAAUAUGAUGUACAUAUUUUGGGUUGGUUCACGUUGAUUCUAUAACUGGAGGGAUGUUGACCUGCAUAAAAUGUAAAUUUAAUGUCAGUUUGGACCUUUUAUUGCUGUCUUUGGUCAGUUGUUUCUCAUUUAUGGUAAUCAUAACCAAAGUUGAUAUGUUACAUAUCUUAAGUACUUAUACUGUAAUAUCUUUGUUAUUUUUUAAUGUAUUCAAAUUUGCUUCAGUAAGUUACUGUUAUUAAAAAUGUUACUUUUAAUGAACGUAAAACAUGAUGUAAGGCUUAUAUGAUUUUGAAAGUGUUGUCUGACUAGCAUAAUGUCCGUCCUCACACACCAUUUGUUAAUAAUGUAUGAUUAGGUUUAUCUCUAUUUUUAAACACUUAGCAUUGUGCCUAUGCAAAAUUAGAAUAGCUUACAGUGAAAGAGCUGCAGUAGUUCAUAGAUUGCCUUCAUUACCAUUACCUUAACUGCUGUGCCUUCAGCCAUAUGUCUUUGUUGUACAUACACUUUUAGUUGCUAUUUUCGCCAUGCUCAGUAUAUAUCAUGAAUUAUAUAUAUUAAAACAUAUUUCUUGUAAAUGUUUUUUGUUCCUCAUACAGUACCACAUUUCACGACAGCAAUGAUAAUUCCUGAAUAAGAUGUUUUGUUACUAUAUUGUAGUAUUAUCAUCUCAGUAAAAACAACAAUUUCAAAUGGUAUUAGGCCAAAUUUUCCCCAACAACAUUCAAGGUUUCAAAUUAUGCACAAGGAAUUCUAUGCUGUAUGUUUGUUUUGUCUUCCUUGCUUUCUUUCAUUCUCUUUCUUUCUUUUUUCUUUUUCUCUCUUUUUUUCUUUCUUUCUUACUUUCUUUUUAUUUUUAUUUUUUUUUCUUCAACUUUAUAUAUUAAUUUUUUCAAUAUUACCUGUAGAGAAUGUAGGUGAUUUGAUUUAGACAUUGUUAGAGGAUGCAAAUAUAUAAUGAAAUGGUUUGGUGUUGCAUAAAGAGUUAGUCUAGAAUUGCAAUGCUUAAACAGGUGUUGUAAAGAGGAGUGUUUGGAAUGGGACAGUAACAUCUGGAAGAGCUAAAGAAGUGAGGGGUGAUUGGAAAGGUAUUUUAACAAUUUUAUGUCUUAAAUCAAUUUGUAAUGAAUUAUAACUCAUACAAACAUCCAGAAUAGAAGAAAAAAUAUAUUACAGCUUUAAUAAUGAAGUUUACAUAAACU